UUACCAAUUGACACUUCCGCCACGGUACACGUCCGGAGUCCUGAAGUCGUCACGAAUGUGUCGAAAUUUACACCGUCCAAACCUGACUGGAUUAAAAAAAAAAUUUUUUUACUUUGAAUCCUAGCAUGACAUUAUUUAUUUUCUCUCAUAGUUACCCCACCACUUGUUAAAAAUUCCGCCUAAAAGGAAAAAGCGUUCUGGCCCCUCUCUCGGAUUUUCACCAGACGUGUACAAUAACUAUCCAGAGGACCUAGGGGCGGCCCUACACCGGGAGCCAUUUGACUUCAACUCCGAGCCACCUUGGGAUCCUAGCUGAUAGUGGAAGAGUUCCCCCGCCCAGGACUCAUCCAUUUUGUUGCAUAAGCCUAGGACCUGGGGGCUCGAGAGAGAGAGCGAGCAGCAUCACUUCGGACCAGCCAUAUUCUUUAUGCCUGUCGGAUACACAGAACACGGUUGAGAGGAUGAAAGGAAUCUCAGAUGAACCACAGUUUGCAGUGGGCCUUCUAGAAGGAGGCACAUCCCUCUGUGAUGUGAUUGACAAUCACAUUUAUGAACAAACUUUGUCUGAGAAGAAAGCCUUCUUUGUCGCAGACCUAGGAGUCAUAAUGAGACAGCACGUUCGCUGGCGAACACACAUGACCCAAAUUCGUCCCUUCUAUACUGUCAGGUGCAACAGCAACCCAGGUGUAAUCGAAGUGCUGGCGGCACUUGGCACUGGCUUCAUAUGUAACAACAAGACUGAACUUGAGCUGGUGCAAAGCCACGGUAUUACAUCAGAAGACAUCAUCUACAGUGGAGUUUGUAAACAGGUGUCCCAAAUUAAAUACGCUGCAAAGAAUGGCAUAGACCUCAUGAUGUGCGAUAAUGAGGCAGAGCUGCGCAAGAUUUCACGUUCCCAUCCAAAUGCCAAGUUACUGCUUCAAGUGUCAACAGGAGCAUCAAGCCAGCACAAUGAGUUGAGCAUGUCAUUUGGUUGUUCCCUCAAAGACUGUCGACAUCUUCUGGAGAGUGCAAAGGAUCUGGGUGUACAGGUGGUCGGGGUCAGAUCCCUAAUCCCCCGCAAGUGCAAGGAUGACAAAGUUUAUACUAAUGCUAUCACUGAUGCUCGUUGUGUUUUUGAUAUGGCGAAGGAAAUUGGUUUUAAAAUGAAAAUCUUGGACAUUGGAGGCGGCUUUGGUGGUUCAGGCACCCAGCUGGAAUUGAUCAAGAAAGCAGUCAUGCCUAUGGUGGACCGUUACUUCCCCCCUUCUACUGGAGUUACCAUCAUUGCUGAGCCUGGCAGCUACUUCGUGUCCUCUGCUUUCACUUUGGUCGCCAACAUCAUUUCCAAAAAGGUGGUGACGCGGGACUGCCAAGAUCAAGUACAUGAUGAUCCGUCUCCCAAUGAUGAGCCUGAGUUCCACUACUACAUGAAUGAAGGAGUGUAUGGAUCAUUUGCUUGCAAACUCACUGAAACCGACAUCACUGCUCCAACUGUUCACAAGAACAUUAGUGCUGAUGCUCCAGUGUACAGCAGCAGCCUGUGGGGUCCCACUGGUGAUGAUCUGGACCAGGUGAUGGAUCACUGCCUGCUGCCUGAGCUCAACAUUGGAGACUGGCUCUUGUUCAGCCACGCAGGAGCCUACUGUCUGGGCCAGCCUCUUUGCAUCUCUGACUCCUCCACACCAACUGUAGUCUAUGUGGUCUCCUCCAGAGACUGGUAUGAGAUGCAGGACACAGGUGUCACCCAGGAGGCAACACUGAAGAGCUUGUCAUUGGUCCCCUAUUUCUUCAAUGCCUGCCAAACAGAAGCUGCACUCUCUAUCCCGGCUUAGCAGGCCCCAGUUGCUCUGCUGCUUCUUCCCCCCAAGAUAAAUUUGGCCAUUGCUGGGUGCACUUCUCAAUCAUCAGUGCCCUGGGCUUUAUGUAAUUACAACAGAAAGUAGUCUGUGAUGCAACAACAUGGAUGAGUCUCUUACUAUACCGCUUUUUAUGCUCAGUAAUGAUAAAAUAUCAAUUAAAAAAAAAGGAUUUGCCUGAUAGUGUUGUAAAGUGAGUCUUGUAAGCAAUGUAUUUAAACCAUACCUACAGUUUGUUUUUAUUUAUGAAUUUAAUUGGUUGUACGGUAAACUUUGUUUUAAAGAGAACUUCUUGACUUUUCACUUAAAAGUAUCGAAGUUCGUACAUGAAGCUGUAUUAGUCAUGAGUUUGAUGCUGUAAAUCAGUACACUGUUUUGCCGAAACACGAGUGCGAUAGUGCAAUAUUCUCUUCUGCCAUUUGCCGCCUCGCAGAACACUGAAGCGCUGAUGUGUCACUUAGAAAAGCAGGUCUAUUGUUAGCAUGCGCUGUAGAUGAAACAAAGUGUUUAUGGUAAAUCUGUUAGUAUGGAAUAGUUUAUUUAUAAUACCAGGAACCUCACUUUGUUUUCAGUGUUUUGGCCUAAAUGUAUAAGUGUAAGUUAAUUAGAAUGUGUAGUUGCAGUGUUUGUCUCCCCGUCUGUCUUAAGCCUGUUUAUAGCUUGUUUCCAUGCUUGAUGCUUACAGAUGAAAUAAUAAAAACGUAAUUGACCAGA